CACACGAAGAACCCCACCAAAUAUCGCAAGUCUCGAAGGAAGAGGGUACAGGGAGAAAAGUUGAAUUUCAAGUCAGCGACACGCAAGAGACAAGGAGGAAGAAAGAUAAGUCCAUCAAGCAGGCAUGGAGGAGUCAUGUUGACAGAAUUAGAAACUCGAGAGCUCGUGACCAGGGCGAAGAGAAUGAAGAUCUGCUCCCUCCUUCAUCGUACGAGAACAUUGCCACGAUGGAGGUCGAUGAAGUCAACCGGACUAUACUUCGUGCCAAGGCUUCAAUGCGGCAUGAACUUGAAAAUGCAAAGCAACAGCGAGAGGUUUUACAGGGUCAGAUUUCGAGGAUCUCAUUGCAGAGACAACGACUGCAGAAUGAUCGUGAAUAUCUCGCUUCGAAACGUGAUAACUUGCAGGUUAGA